ACGAUCCAUGUGCAACUACCAGGCUCCAGUGACCAUCGUAGACAAGCUGGCAGCACCAAAAGACAAAAGCACGCUGUGGGCGGUCUUGGGGUUCCUGAACUACUACCAGAAGCUCGUGCCAAACUUCAGCAAGCGGGCAGGUCCGUUGAACCGGCUUCUCAGAGAGGACCAAGCAUGGGAGUGGGGAGACCAAGAGACAAAGGCGCUGAAGGACCUGCUGGAAGCCGUGAAGAACGAGCCGGUGCUGGAACUGCCCAAAAAGGAGGGAUCCUUUAUCCUGUAUACAAACUGGAGCAGCGCAGGUAUAGGGGCAAUGCUGAAUCGGAAAGGAGAAGCUGGAAAACGAGUGGUGGCUUUCAUGAGCCACAGCUGUAACCCGACUGAGGCGAAUUACAGCUCCUACGGAGAAGAAGGCUUGGCGGCAGUGUGGGCGGUGCAUCACUUCCGAGUGUACCUGCAAGGGCGGCCGUUCACGCUAGUGACCGACCACAAGCCAUUAACUUGGCUGAUGACCAAUCAGACACUGACCGGACGGAACGCUUGCUGGGCAAUGCGGCUCCAAGAGUACGAAUUCACGAUACAACACAUGCCAGGAAGCACAGUGCAGCACGCAGAUGGGUUGUUGAGGAGUGGUCGGGAGGGAGCAGCUAGUGCUCCUGAUGCACUGGCAAGAGGAAGAGGUGGGCUCACGCCAGAAGAGGAGGAGGAGGAGGAGGAGGAGGAGGAGGAGGAGGAGGAGGAGGAGGAGGAGGAGGAGGAGGAGGAGGAGGAGGAGGAGGAGGAGGAGGAGGCAGGUGUUGUGGCACUGUGUCAAGGAACAGAACGGAUUGGCUGCUGCACUGAAAUUGAUAAUUGAGAGGAAGAGAGUACACAAACAUAUACCUAACAGUUGUACUCUCUAGAAGAUGACCCUAUACAGUCUAUACAAGCAUGAUAACUAAAC